UAACCUUUCUGGAAGAGGCCGCUGGCAGAUCUGCGAGGUCCGUCCUCAGAAUGUGAGGGGAGCCGCAGAUACAUCGCACACACUAUUCACUGUCUGUUUGUUUUACUCUGAGAGCUAUCGCUCCACUUGCGGGGGGGGCAGAAGAACAUGAAAUUGCAACGGUUCUUUUUCAUGUUUCUCAUUUUGAUGAUGAGUCUCCUCCUCAUCAACGGACAGAGACCAGUCCAUUUGGCCAUGAGAAGGAAGUUCCACAGACACAACUGCCUCCAGAGGAGAUGCGUGCCUCUCCAUUCCCGGGUGCCCUUCCCCUGAGGUCUCCAGCGCGCCUCACUGGGUCUGCCUGAAGAAGCAGAGGGAAGACAAGACUCCAACCCCGGAAAAGAACCUCACUGUGACAGGGGCGUGGUUGCCUGGAAGUUCCUGAACAAGAAGUUAUCAUUGAAGAGCACCAGGGACGUUUUAUGAGUUUCACAGGACUCUCUUCCUGGCUCCGCUAUAGAGGAAAAAUAACACAAAUUGAAACGUGAUUCUAGGCAAAGCACAGUUAUUCACCUGCGUAACAAAAAUCCUCAACUUUCUCUGCACACUGUUAGCCUUACAUGGAUUAGAAAGAAAAUACACCAGUUAAUGUCUUAGAACUCUCUAAUGUUAAAACUGCAAGAAUUAAAAAUUGCUAUUUUAUGCUCCUAUAAAGCUCCAAAAACAUUAACAUUGUGUAUUUCUGGGUGAUGUACAAAAUACUAAAUUUGAAAUCAGUUGCAUUGACUGGCUUUGCAGAAUAGGGAGAAAAUAACUUGUUAAUUAUUUAUAUAGACAGACUAUGAGAGAAGCUAUUCAUUCGUACCAAUUGUCUAUGAUAAGCUUUAAUGUUUAUGAAACUAUGAUUUUUAUUUUUUGAGUUAUUCCCACUUGACGUUAUGAAAGAAAACAUACAGGGGACUGGUAGUGGUUGCAAUUCAUUUUAAAGCAGAAACAUUUAUUUCUGAAUAAUAUAAUUACAAGAAGUUGACGUGUGAUUUUUUGGAGUUCUGCUUCAUCCCUGGAUUAUUUUGCAUGGAUAGUUCCUUAAAAUGACCUGCACUGAUAACAUCUACAAUUGGGCCAGCGAGGUCCUGGCAGGGCACCUGUGUCCCUAACAGACUGGUGCUCAUCACUGGGAUCACUGUGUUUUGUUGCUGUUGAGCCUGUGACAGUGAGACCUGUAUAUAAAAAGUCAGGAGUUCAGAAUGUGACUUCCCCACAAGGAAUCUUAGCUUGUCUGAAUCUGAAUCGUUUUGAUAGCCUGAUGUUUGCAAGUUACUAAACAUUCUCUUAAUUUAUUAACUUAGUGUCACAAAAUUUUCCUUAUCCUAAGUUGAUUCUAGAUAAGAAAUUUACAAAUUCAUACCUUGAUUAGAAGUUUUACUUUGUUACCAUCACAGAUUAGGAGGUGUCAUAAACCAUUAACCCUUAUUUUUCUAAAACAAGAGAUUGGAACCAAUAUGAAUAUAUAAAGAAUUUAGAAUAGAAAAUCUGCCAGCAUCAUGGAGUUUGUCUCCCUUUCAAAACUUUUAAUAACUUUUGGGACAGAAAAUGCUAAUACGAGGCAUUGUAAUUAAAUUCUCAAACAAAAGAUGUUUUAGGAUGUCUUACGUCAUUAUUUAAGUUAGAUACUAUUAGGAAAUUCUAAAAUACUUUUUAGAUAAAUUGUAAUUAGUUUUCACAGAUGCAUUUGAAUAGAAAAAAUAAGCUUUUAUAAUCAAUUAUAUUUAUGUUUGAAACAUAUACUCAUAUAUAUUUCACAUUAAAAUUGACAGCAUUUUAUAAAGUUU